CUUAAAUUGAUCCGCGCUACACUUAUCCGCCUUCUGUUGCGUGAUCGUCUGAAUAUGGCUGAGGAAAAUGCUAGUGCUCCUGCUAGUGCUCCCGCUGUUAAGCGCGUUAGACAUAAGCAACCAGGCAGGCUCUAUGUAAAGGCUGUUUUCACUGGUUAUCGUCGUGGUCUCAGAAAUCAACAUGAAAAUACUGCACUUCUGAAGAUUGACGGUGUUCACACUGCAAAGGAAACCGAAUUCUAUAUGGGAAAGCGCUGCGCUUACAUAUACCGAGCUGAAAAGAAAAAGCAGCUUCCAAGAAGGCACAAGCCCACAAGAAUACGUGUUGUCUGGGGAAAGAUUAUUAAACCCCACGGUAGAAGUGGUGCUGUCCGUGCACAGUUCAAGCGCAACCUUCCCGCCAAGGCUAUGGGUCAGCGCAUUCGUGUAAUGCUCUAUCCUUCACGUGUGUAA